AUGGGGAGUCAUCAACGCUUUCCCACGAAACCCGCGCGCAAGGGCGGCUACCGCCAGAUCAACAAAGCCCUCAACAUCAACGCCUUUGAAGACUACCUAGAAGCUCAAAUAUCCCGGCUACCCGCAUUGGCAGACGCUGAGCAGCUCAGUCCACGCGUCUGGCGGAUCUUGGGGCAGAAUCCCGGGCCAUUUACACUGCAGGGAACCAACACCUACCUGGUGGGCACCGGCCGCCGCCGCCUGCUGAUCGACACAGGUCAGGGCAUCCCCGAGUGGGCGAAUCUGAUCGCCGAGACCUUGAGAACCACCGGGGCUCGUCUUUCCAGCGUGUUGCUCACACACUGGCACGGGGACCACACGGGGGGCGUCCCCGACCUUUUGCGCCUGUAUCCGGAUGACCUUGUCGAUGAAUUCUACAAACACACGCCCGGCCAGGCCCUGCAACCCAUCAGUGACGGACAGGUCUUCCAGGUUGAAGGAGCAACGGUCCGCGCCGUGCACGCUCCCGGCCACUCGCACGACCAUACGUGCUUCAUCCUCGAGGAGGAGCAUGCCAUGUUCACCGGCGACAACAUUCUCGGUCAUGGAACCGCCGCUGUUGAGGAGCUUGGGCCCUGGAUGGCCUCGCUGCGCACGAUGCAGAGCCACGGCUGCACCACGGGCUACCCGGCCCAUGGGGCACCGAUCCGUAACCUUCCGGGUAAGAUCGCCGCUGAGCUAGCCUCCAAACUCCGGCGCGAAGACCAAGUGCUGGCCGCACUGGAUCAGGUCGCCCGUGGCAGCGGCGGUCCCUGCAGUGUGACCGUGCAGCAGUUAGUGACAGUCAUGCACGGGGACGGUCUCGAUCCUGGCGUCCGGCAGACUGCCGUGGAGCCGUUUAUGGAGGAGGUCUUGCGCAAGUUAGCGGCGGAUGGCCGGGUCGCAUUUCGAUUGCGCCAGGGGGUCAAGAGGUGGUAUGGAGUACCGGUGCACUGA